AUGCGGAAGGUGAUCUGGAAUGGCGGUGCCCUGCUUAUGAGCUGGAUUUUCGGACAUAGCUUGAAGGCCAACUCACACUUCAUUUUUGAUCACAACUCUGUUUAUCCUGAGGCUUCCCUGCUGCUCAUUCAGCUCUUUUUCACCGCCAACAUUCUCCUCGCCUUGUAUCCUCUAUUCCGACCGACCGACAACCUCUCCGACAUCCCCUUGACUCCUACACAACGGGCCCUUUUGGGAUUAGACCCAACCGCUACACCACCCCUCACCCCUGGAACCACCUAUGUUACCCCACCAAGAUACCGCGUAUCGACCUCGCGUAAGGGCAGUCCUGCCAGCCAGAAUGGUUCUCCUUUGUCUGCGACACCCACAUUUUCAGAGCGACGCGUUUCGUCUGGCACUCCUUUCUCGCCUGCCUCCAGCCCAUUGUUUCACAAGGCAGUUGCCACCGGCGGAAGAGAUACCGGUCGGCGACCAAGCUUCGGAUCAUCGUCGCCUCUUGGCCGCAGCAACUCAUUCAGCAACUCAUUGGGCAACUCAUUGGGCACUUCAAUGGGCAACUCAUUCGGCAACUCAUUCGGCGAGUCCAGUCUCGGUCCCAGCACUCCUUCUCCUUUAGCGGGAAAACGGACUAGCUUGUCAGUGAGUAACAAGUGGCUCUACGAAAGAACCCGACGGCUAUCGGCCAGCAAUGGGUCUAUGUGA